CACCUCCAGCUGGGCUAAAGUAUCCGGACUCUCCCAGAACCUAGCGGACGGGCUGCUGUCUUUUUUCCGAUGUGCGGAUGUUCCGGAGCUGGCGUGGCUUGUCCCGGGGAUGCCGAGAUCCUGAGAUUCUAUGGGUGUCCGCGGUCUGACCACCUUUGUGGAGGGGAACAGACACUUACUCCAAGAAGUGAAGUUCAGGGACAGUCGCCUGGUUAUUGAUGGCUGCAGUCUGUAUUUCCGCCUCUACUUUAACCAAAGCUUGGACCAGCAGCAUGGAGGGGACUAUGACGCUUUCGCUUGCAUGCUCACCAAGUUCUUGUCUGCGUUGGCGGCCUGUAACAUCCAGCCAUAUGUGGUACUGGAUGGAGGGAUUGACCCAAGUGACAAGAAGUUUUCCACUCUGCGUCAACGUCUGCAGUCCAAGAUAAAGGACGCAGACAGUCUCUCCCAAGGCCGCAAUGGCUCUGUUCUCCCCAUCCUCACAAGAGAUGUUUUCAUUCAGAUCCUCAUCCAGAGAGGAGUUCCACUGGUCCAGUGUCCAGCUGAGGCUGACUGGGAAAUUGCAUGUUUGGCUCGCCAGUGGAACUGCCCAGUUCUGACCAAUGACAGUGACUUUUAUAUCUUUGACCUGCCAGGUGGUUACCUGCCUCUCAGUUAUUUCCAGUGGACCAACGUUAACGGUAAAGCCUCUCACCACUACAUCUUGGCUCGUUGCUACACCACUGACGAGCUGUGUCGCUCGUUUGGCAGCAUAAACAAGGAGUUGCUCCCCUUAUGUGCCGUCCUGGCUGGUAAUGAUUAUGGCACUCCAAAAGAUGCUGACAAAAUCAUAGACCUGAUUGGUGUGAGUGGAAUAGGGAGAGGUGGUGGCAGAGGUAGAGCACCCAUUUCCCGCAUUGAGGGCUUCCUCCUCUGGCUGUCCUGUUUUAAAUUUCCGGCGGACGUACUGGAGGAAGUGAGGAUACUCAUGGGGGAGGAAGGUGGAGGCGUUGGGGGCAAGAGAGGACAGAAAGGUGGGCUCAGUUCACAGCUACGGGAAGGUAUGCAGGAGUACCACAUCACCACUCCAAGCGCUCUAGCUUACUGGUUCUCUGAAGGUAAGGCAGCUCCUAGAGGGCAGACCUCUUGGCUGCCAGAGUGCCUGUCGCGGGCUGCAGCCCAGGGACUAUUGGCUCCCUUGGUGGUAGAUGCUCUGGUGAUGCACAGGGUCCUGCUCUUUCCGCAGGUGGAGAACAGCAGGUUAGCCAGCAGCCAUUGUAGUGCCAGCGCCAUACGACAGGCUAUAUAUAGAAUAUUAUUGCAGAGAGGCCAGGAUUUCCCAGCACAGGAUAUGAGGGCACAAGAAAACAUCAGCCAGGGUAUGAGAGGUGGUAGAGGGCGAAGGGGGCGUGGAGGAGGAGGUGUGGGUCAGGUUAUUAUUUUACCCACACAGCAGACUGGUAAUUCAGGAUUUAGCAUUGAACAAGCAGGUGGUGCAGCUACAGUAUCGGCCCAGGGCUACAGUGCCCCCAUGUGUGUGGAGGAGUAUGACCGCAUGGAUCUGAACUUGAAGAAAAACAAUGUCGAGGCACAUCCGCUCAGAACUCACCUACUUCUCGGUACAAUGGACCAGGCUCCUGUGGAAGUUCGUCUCGGUGUCAUGUUAGAAGUCUUGGGAUCGAAGGAGUCUGCGCUGGCUCCUGUUCCUCUCCACUUGAGGCUGGCUGUAGCAGUGACAGCCUUCUGGUUUCGAGAGGCCAAACCACCACCCUCACAGCCCCAGCUCAAGGCUUUGUUGCUGGGCAUGGUUUACGGAGAGCUGUCCUGGACCACCCAGCCUGGAGCUACCCACUACCAACAUACCGACUGGGCUGCGGAGCACAAUGUGCGGGCAGGGCUGGAUUGUCAACGUGUGAAGCCAAGGGAGAGACGGGGCUUGGAUGUUGGAGGGGCUCACAGUUUCAGCCAAUGGCAAGCCUGCCUCUGGAGUGCACUGUGUCUCAAUCAGCUAUUGCUGCGGCCGCUGCCUGAACCCCACCUGUCAUUGUUGUACAGCGGUACCUUGGUGCAUGGCCUCCUCAAGUAUCUGAAAGGAGGCCGAGCUGCUGAAUCCCUCCUCGUCGGGGGUUCCAUGUCCGGACCACUCUACUCAUUCCUGCUGGACACUGUGAGGAAUUGCAGCUCUAAGACCCAUCCUUCCUCUUCGGCAGCAUGGAGGGGGAAGAGAGGCGGAAGCCGGGGAAGGAGAGGAAGAGGAAGAGGGGUAGGAGAAAGAGGAAGAGGGGGAAGAGGGCGGAGGGGGACUGAGGAGAUAAACAAUAGGUUUGCUCUCCUGAUGAGCGAGGAAGAGUCUGACUAUUGAUGACGAGGCAGAGAAAAAUAAAGUGUUUCGAUAUGAAGCAGUUGCGAGGGGCCAAUGAGGAAGGACAUUCCAGUGUUUUAUCAAACACACUCAGGGAAUGCUACGAAUAGUAACUUCACAAGUGAAGAACAAUACUUCUUAAUGUUGACAACUGAGCUUCUGCUCUGGUUGCACUAAUUUAAGCUUCAUCAAUACUAUUUACCUGUUUAUGAAAACUUCUCAGUUUUCCCGUGGUAAACUCUAGCCAUAUUUUAAUGCAUGUUUUCACCUGAUAUUUUUAUUUAGUUAAGUCAACACAAACUUUUAACAGUAAAUGUAGAGGUGUCUUAUUUUAUCAUCUCUGUUGUCCUGGAAGUUGUAUGGCAGCUUACAUUAUCUCAAUGAGCCACUUAUGAAAUCGUCUUAAAUCGCAGAUGCCUUCUUACUUUCGUAUAAUAAAAGAAAUAUGAAUC